UCACAUAUCUAGGUGACGCUACACAUCUCCCUGCUUUCUCUUCACGUAUAUCUGGCAAGCACCUUCAGCGGUGACCCUGGGGUUACUGGUCUGAGGCGAUCGUCUUUACUGCGGGAACAGAUGCGGGGUUCGUUUGACUCCAUACAGGCCUACUUCAACGGCAAGAUCAUCCGAAAGAGCGAGUUGCAACCCAACAAGCCCCACAUGUUUGGGUUCCAUCCGCACGGUGUGACGGCAACGUCUGUGUCAUGGGUGUCGCACACAAGUGAUUGGAAGGAGCUCUUUCCAGGCAUCACCGUCAAUCCCGCCACGGCGUCGGUUCUGCAUGUGCUGCCGCUUCUCCGAGACUUUCUCCAAGUGAUGGGAUUCCGGGACGUCACGCGGACGUCUCUCUGCAACGCACUCGAUAUGGAUGAGAGCAUUCUGCUUGUACCAGGAGGGCAGGCUGAGAUGGUGUACUCGACGUCCAGGCGGAAAGAAUUGACCAUCUACACAAAACACAAGGGCUUUAUACGACUUGCGGUGACUAAGGGGGUGCCGCUUGUGCCUGUGCUCAGGUAGG